GCUGUAAAUAAUGACAGCUUUGCCAAGCAACUGGACCCGCUGGACCAAAAUGGUGGAUCGUUUCCGGGAGUAAUGCGACCAUGUUUUGGACUUAAAAUAGGAUAUUGUUCAGAUCUGACUACAAUUAUAUCAAUGCUUUAGCUCAAUUUGUUACCAUGGAUUCAAGAAAUUUAAUACAGUCUACCAACAUUUAAAGAAAGACAGUGAAAGACAUCAUCCUGAGCUAGAGGACAAAUUUGUCACCAUGGCUACCACUCAAAGAUCAGCCAAUAGGAAGAAGAAGACUGUUCCGAGGGUAGCACCCACACUGAACCCUAAGGCAGAGAUAGAGAGACCCCCCUCCGCAGCAUCACACAACUCAUGGUUAGGACAGGAUAUUGAUGGAGAUGAAGAGAUAGAUAGAGUAUCAACUCCAGUACAGCGCCUAACACCUGUAUCAGGUAGUCUGACAUCGGUCAGAGACUUUGAAAAUGAUGGGCUGACAAGUGGUCAUCGACCACUUUCACCACGGGCCCCCAGCCCUGGGAAUCUUUUAGAACGACCUAUAACCCCAAGCAGUGGAAGACUGAGUCCGCUAGAUGGCAUCAUGGGUAAAAAGAAGUCAAAGGUCAUGCCCACGGAGGAUGACCUGCCUAACGUUGAUUCCGUGCGUCACACUCCAGAGCCUAUGGAAGCAUGGAGUGAUCAAAGCAUGGCCGACCUCCACGACGAUACAGGACAUCGUCCUAAAACUGCCCAGAAAACCCGCUCCUCCUCUAGGACACGCACCCCCGGUGAGGGAGGACAUACAGGGAGUGUACCCAGCAUGCACUCUGUCAUCAGCGUCAGGGAGGCAUCAGAGGAUCACAGGAUUAGUGGUGUCAUGGAAGGUCGAAGGUCACCAGCUGUCAUGCCGUCGACAAGUGCAAGACAUGAAGAAGACAAUCGAAGCCUCGUAUCUACGACAUCUCGGUCCCGCGUGACCCCUCCCCAAAUGGAACAUGAGCAGCAGGCUUAUGUCCCAUUCGUCUACGCAAGGGACUGCAUCGCAAGGGUGAUGGAAGAUAUGAAGAAAAUGAAGGGAAAUCACAUACGCAUCGUUCAUGAAAUACAGGAUAGUUAUAGGCAGAUUGAGGAUCAAACACAGGAUCAAUUCAAUGGGUUUGUCAUAAAUCUGAGGUCACAGUACAAAGACAAGGUCGUGACCUUUAGACAGGUGAUUGAAGUACAUCGAAAGGAACUUGGCAGUCACAAGUCAUACUGGGAACAAACUUUGAUGAGUUUGAGUCAACGAAACAAGGAGUUGAUGAAAGAGAAAAAGAGAUUACUUAUUAUCAACAAGGUGGAGAUCGAAAGGCUGGAAAAGGAGAAGGUGGAGUUGACAAGCACUCUAACUCAACAGACUGACAAAGAACAUCAACAUUUUAUCGCCACCAAGAAGGAGUUGGAGGGAUCAAAUGAAGAAAAGAAGAUUAUCCAAGACGAGUUACAAACUGAGAAGGAGGAGGUGGAGCGACUUCGAGCAGAACUCGCGGCAUCAAAAUCCUCCUCCUACUCAUCAGGUGGUGAUGUUGUGGUGCCGGUUGUCGCGGCGAUAGAGAGGUCAGCAUCCAGAUCAUCAUCAUCGAGGGUGGAGGUUGCUCCAGUCCCAGUGGUUGUUGGUAGUGGUCUUGGGGAGGAGGAGAGGCAGAGACUUCAAGAUGAGAAGGCUGAGAUGCAAGAUAAAUACAUUGAGUCUCAGAAGGAGUAUGUUAUACUGCAGAGCAAGUAUGCCUCCCUGGAAAGCCAGUUCCAGAUGGUUGCUAAGGCAGCGUCGGCUGGAGAUGGGAACAAGAUGGAGGAGCAGAUAGAGAGUCUAAAGAACGAUCAAGAAUCAAUGAAGCAGGAGGAGGAGGAGUUAACGGAGGAGAUCAAUACAUGGGAGGAUGAUUUCAAAGAGAAGAAUGGGAGAGAGCCAACAGAAGAAGAGACGCCUAUGAGCGUGAGAGAGCUGCAGACCCAGCUCGAUGAGGUACAGAACAUGCAGUCUGACCUAGGGUCAAAGGUCACAACCCUGACUGCUAUCAAGGAGGGCAACAUCCCCGAGCCAGAGGCUGUAAGUGCUCCAGAGCCGAUCAUCAAAACUGUAGAGGUGACAGUGCCAGACCCUACCACUGUAGCAGCCUUGGCCAUGGCACAGAAGAGGAUAGCCAAGCUUGAGGCUCAGGUCAAGACCCUACAGGCUUCACUACAGAAAGAGAUGAAGAAGCAGAAGAAGGAGAAAGCAAGUGUGGCCAGGACCAAGAAGGAUGAUAAGGAGGAGAAGAACUUGAGACUGCUUCUCCAGGCUGUGCUUAGACAGGUACAUGAAAUAAAUGAUGAAGAGAUUACCCCUAAGGAAAGGGUAGCAACAAGACUUGAAGAGGCUGAGCUAGCUAAACCUAGCUUGCUGGAAGGAAGGGACAAGGCUAAAGAAGAGGCAGAUGGAAGCACGGAUUAUGACUCCUUCAACGCAGCCAAUCAGAAGGUACUUACCAACGAGACAGACAUCAUAGCACUCACCAUGAUACAGACGGGGGCGGUUCCAGAAGAACUUGGAGGGAUGAUGACACCACAAGUUAUUGUUGCAGGAGGAGGAGGAGGAGGAGGAGACAGUGGAGGUGUCUCCAGCGAGGAGAUGGAGGAGCUCCAGGCCCGCAUCACGGAGCUGGAGGAGGAGAACGAGUCCCUCACCGACUCAAACAGGGAGCUGGAGGAGACCAAGGAGGACAUGGAGGAGAAGAUAGAGGAUCUCAAGGCAAGGAUCAAGGAGCUGGAAGAUGCAGAAGGAGCUUCCGGAGCUGGAGCCGCUGCGGCCGCUUUCGCCAUGGCUAAUCUAGACUUGGAUGAUGAUGAUAUGCAAGGUAUGAGUGGUCAGAUGACAGCGCUCCAGAUGAAGAUAGACAGCGUGGAGAAAGAGCUCCUGAAGGAGAAAGAAGCCCACUCAAAAACCAAGGAGGAGGUGGAGACACUCGAGGAGGACAUCGAGAGACUCAAGGCGGAGAAGGCAGAUAACUCAGCUGGUGGAGAUGCCAAGGGGGAAGCAGCUAGAGCAGCACUGGUAGCAGAAAUGGCCCUGCAGACUAAGCAAAUUUCGGGUUUUGAGAAGAAAAUUGAAGCCUUGGAACAAGAAAAAUUGAAGAACAUUCCACCUGAUACUGCCAAAGAGAUCAACAGUCUGUACAGUAAAGUGAAAGAGUUGGAGAGACAGCGGGAUGCAGCUCAGAAGGAGGCAAUAGCUAAGACAGCAGAAGCCAGUAAGAUCACUGUUGACUUCUCAAGCACACAGAAGUUCUUGGAGAAAGAGAGGGAGGCCAACAAGAAACAUCAGGCAACGCUGAAGACCAAGAUGGCAGAGAAGGACAAGCAUGCCAAGGAGCUGGUGGCGACCACAGAGAAGAAGUUCACUGAGAGGCUGGAGCAGAAUAAGAAUCAGAUCACUGCCCUGGAGAAGAAGGUCAAGACACUGUCAGCAGCAGGAGCCGUAGGGGGAGCCAAGGCUGGAGGAGCCAAGACCGAUGCAAAGACGGAGAAGAAGAUCCAGAUGCUACAGGAUCAGAACGCUGCCCUCAAGAAGCAAGUCCAAGAAGAACAAGCAAGGGCUAAACAAUUCAAGGAUGAUGUUAAAGAGGCUAAAGCAGCAGGAGCAGGGGAUAAAAAUGCAACCAAGAAGAUUGAGAAGCAGAUCAAGGAUUUAGAGAAGAAACUUGAAAUGGAGACAAAGAAACAUGAGAGAGAAGCCAAGAAGGCGACAGAGUUUGAGGCAGAACUCAAGACGACUACAAAGGAUAGAGACUCUUUGAAGGAUGAGGUUGCCAAACUGAUGGCUCAGAUCUCAUCUUUGGGCGUGGCCGCGGAGGAAGCCUUAGAACUCAAGGAGAAAUGUACCACCCUGGAGAAGGAGAACAAGGAGCUACAGAAGGAGCUGAAAGCAGCCACUGAUAACUACAACAGUGAGAGGGUUUUGAGGAAGAAGUACUAUAACAUGGUUGAGGAUAUGAAAGGCAAGAUUCGUGUGUACUGCAGGGCAAGACCGCUGAGUGGUUCAGAGAAAGAAAGAGGUAAUUUUUCCAUCAUCAAAAGACCAGAUGAGUACACAGUUGAUAUCACAUCUACACGUGGCCAGAAGGAGUUCCAGUUUGAUCAUAUCUUCAUGCCUGAGAACACACAAGCCGAGAUCUUUGAGGAUACAGAUCGUUUAAUCCAAUCGGCUGUGGACGGCUACAAUGUGUGUAUCUUUGCCUACGGUCAGACAGGCUCAGGAAAGACUUUCACCAUGAUCGGAGACAAGGAACAGAAAUUCCCCGGUAUCGCUCCAAGAGCCUUCCAGAAAGUCUACGAGCUUAUUGAAGAAAACAAAUCGAAAUUCUCAUUCCGUGUAUACACAUACAUGCUGGAGUUGUACAAUGAAAAGUUGAUUGAUCUCUACAAUAAAAACAAGGGAGAGCCUCCCAAGUUGGACAUCAAGAAGGAUAAGAAGGGCAUGGUGUACAUCAAUGGCUCGGUCAUCCAGGAAGCUGGUAACUCCAAGGAGCUCUAUGGUCUCUUUGAAGAGGGGUCCGCCAACAGGCACGUCGCCUCUACAAAGAUGAAUUCCGAAAGUUCUCGUUCUCAUCUCGUCAUCGGUGUCAUCAUAGAGAGCACUAAUCUAGGGACCGGUGCCGUCGUCAAGGGCAAGCUCACUCUGGUAGAUUUGGCCGGUAGUGAGCGUUCAGCCAAGACUGGGGCUACCGCAGAGCAACUGAAGGAAGCGAACUCAAUCAACAAAUCACUGAGUGCUCUGGCCGAUGUGAUCUCCGCACUCUCCAGCGAGCAAUCCUUCAUCCCGUACAGAAACAACAAACUCACCAUGCUCAUGCAGGACUCCCUUGGUGGCAACGCAAAGACACUCAUGUUCGUCAACAUCUCACCGGCGGACUACAAUGCAGAGGAAACCGUUAUAUCACUCACGUAUGCAUCCCGUGUGAAGCUCAUCACCAACGAUGCUUCAAAGAAUUCUGACAACAAAGAGAUUGCAAGGCUCAAGGAUGUCAUCGCCAAACUCAAGAAGGGAGAAACAUUGGACGAAGAAGAAGUGGAGUAAAACACGAUAAGACAUAGUGCUUUAUACUAUGUAUGUAAGCACUUAGCCUUUAGCUAUAAUCACUAAUUCACUAUUGCCUGGGUUACUGCCUUCCAACCAGUCGCCUUGUGCGCGCACAAACAUGCUAGUCAAACCCAAAUGACAUUUGCAUCCCACCAGAUAAAAAUUUAUAUACCUGGGUGGAGAGAAACAACGUAGAAAUACCUUGAGUAUUAAAGGACAUAAGUACCUUGCCGAUGAUCAAACCCACAAACUCUGAGUCUCUGGUCCAGUAUUGAAAACACUGGACUAUGACCAUCCCAAAAUAAAUGUAAACCCCUUUCUUUGUGGGCUUGAAUUAUCAUCCUACUCUUCUGUAGUUUGAGAAGACAUGUAUCAGUCAAAAUUGGCAGCUUUUUACACUCUAUUACGGCAUGUGAAAGUUGGGUAUAUAUGGAUAUUCGGGAAGUAAACUCAAGCAUAAAAUACCGUGAAUUUCAAUUGUUAUUUUACUUAAACUGAACAAAAUUGAGAUAUAACCUGAGAAAUAUUGAUGAAUUCUCAUAAAGAGUGAGAAUAGCAAGUUUUUGCAAUGUGUUCACAUGAUAUCUUUGCAUUGUGAACUUUUAUGUUCGCAUCCGUUACAAGAUAUUUAUUUCUGUAGAUUAGAGCACAUACACUAGAUGUUGUUAGGCCGGACAUACAUAAUGCCUUAUCUGACCUAGCAACACUUCCUGUGUGCAAUCAGUAGUGCCAUCUAUCAAAAAACAAUAUGUGAGUAAAGAUGAAUAUAAUGUGUCACAUUCAAGGCAUUUCACAAAGGAGUAAAUACUAAGCAUUAACAGUGAAUAGAGUAUGGAAACCCAAGAUUAUCAAAAUAUGAACCAAUUAUUCAUUUCAAUACCUAAUAUCUCAAGCAAACAUUAUAAGAGAUACUCUAAUUAUACUACCCAGCUGCCAAUAUAUGGUUUCUCACAUCAUUUCUUUGAUUUAUAUGUGACAUGAUUUUUUUUUUACUAAACGACAGGUACCUUUCAUUCCUAUUCUCAUUUGUCCCAAAUCAUUAUUUAUAUAUUUUUAUGUGAACUUCUUUGUAAUCAUGUGGAAUUUAAAUGAAGACAAGUGUAUACAAUGAACAUAAUCAAUAAGAAUGUGCCUUUAAUUUAUUUCAAUUUUUGUAUUCUGUGUAAAUAGAGAAAUCAUCUAUACUAAAUUUAGUUGUACAAUAAUUGCAUAAAAGUACAUGUACAUAACAUUUUGUUGGAUAAACUGUAUAAUACAUUAUAAAUCAUCUGUUGAAGAAAUUCAGAAUUGUAUAUAUGUACAUUCACAUGAAAUAUCUGAUUUCAUAAUUAUGUAAACUAUAUAAUUUAAUUGUUUAUUUACAUGUCAAUUUAGGAAAUUGUCAGUUUCUACUUCUCAAUAAUAGUUUAUGAAGGGCAGAUGAGACAUAAUUAUAGGAGUAAUAUUUGAUUUUUGAAGUGGACUAAUGCUUGUACUCAUAGAAAAUAAAAUGGACAAUAGUAAAGUACAGUACUAACAUUAUGCAGACUGAGAACAAAAUGGAUAGACCAAAAUGUGAAAUUUGAAUUUGAAUAUUGUUAUAUUAUGCCACCCAUAUAUUUGAAAGUGGAAUUUAAUGCCCUAAACUUAUACAAUUUUUGCUUUUAAAUGCUACUGAAAAUAGAAAUGAUUCAUAGAAUUCAUCCAUACCAGUACCUUAUUAAAAACCCAAUGUUCAAAAUGUAUGUUUAAUUUUUAUAUCAACAUUUUAUAUGAUUAAUGGUUUGUCUGUAUAUAAUAUUCAAGAACAAUGCCAACAAAAAAUAAAUUUAAAAUUUAAACAAUAAAUAAUUCACAUUGAAAAUAAUCAAAGCAGAUCGUUUUAAUAGUAAAUCAGGAAUAAUCUAGUCUUUAGGGUAGUUAUAUAAUUACAAUACAGAAAAAGUUGAAACAAAAUUGCAAGCAAAUGAAAUGAAUAAUUAUGAAAUUAUAAAGUGUACAUACGAUUUUUAUUUACAAUAUACAUGUUCAUUAUAAACAUCUUUACUAUAUGCAAGUACGACACUAGUAGAAUUUACGUAUAUUUUGAUUUUUAAAUUGUCUGUUGUACAUGUCGAUGUAACAUUUCCGUCCAUAAACUUCAAACAAGAUGUUGUAUUCUUACACAUUCGUCCAUGUUUUUACCUUGAUUCUAUAAUAAUAUUCCUAUGCUGUGACAAAGUGACAAAGUGACAAAGUGGAUAUGUAUUUAGCACUAGUUUAUAUGACAGGAAUUAUAAAGGUCGUUUAGUCAGAUCAUGUGUGCCUUUUUCCAUGCAAUCAUUUUUUCUUUCUGUCCAACGGGACUAGCCUUUCUUCAUGUGUUUUGUGUGUAUUCUGUUGUGCUAUAAGUAGACGUCCAAAUAAAAGAUAUUUCUUUUCUAUUUA